AUCCAGGGUGCCGAGCUUUAAAAACAUUUAAAAAUUAAUAGAAAAUACACAAAAUUUCAAGUGGUUUGUUUUUCAUAACAAAUUGUAAUAUGUUAAGUCUAGAAAAAAGUCCAAAUAAGUUACUCCAACCCGGAGGAACUCAAGAGCCGGAAUCGAAGACCGCUGGGAUUAGUGAAUCUGUGCAAUCGCUGGAUAUCCGAGAAUCAACCUAUAUCUGCGAACCAGCGCCCAGUCCAGCGGAUUUGCCCGUGCAUACCCGAAAGGCCUUCCUCCGACAUAUGGUCAAUCAAUUGCCACAGAAGGUUCAGAACCGGAUACGGGCCCUGAAACUGAAUCAGCUGCAACAGGUGCGCAUUUCGGAGCAGUUCUAUCGGGAAGUCUAUGAGUUGGAAAGGCGAUACUACGGUCAGAGUUGCGCCGUUUUCGAUGCGAGAAAGAACAUUUUGAAUGGGAUUGUGGAGCCACCGAUGCAAAAUGAAGACCCCUGCUGUCAGGAGGAUCAGGCUGAUUCAUUGCAUCUGGACUUGGAGAAUAACGAGGAGCUGCGUCAGUUGAGGAGCAAAAUUCUGCCUGUGCCGGCUAAUGCCUUGGGUGUUCCUCGUUUCUGGCUGACUGUGUUUCGCAAUGUGCCUCUGUUGUCGGAGCUAGUCCAGGAGCACGAUGAACCGCUGCUGGAGUGCCUGCAGGAUGUGCGUUUGGGCUACGAUCAGGAUAGCUAUACGGUCUGCUUUCAGUUUCAACCGAAUGGCUACCUGCAUGACUCUUCAUUGCUGCUGACCAAGAGGUAUUUCCUGCAGAACUCGGCGGACCAGGAGUUCCCCUUUCUCUACGAGGGUCCCGAGAUUGUACGCUGCGAGGGUUGUCAUAUCCACUGGCGGGAUGGUUUUAAUUUGACGCUACAAACUGUGGAGAGCCGAAGGCGACGAAGUCCUCGCACCAAGGUGAUGCCUCGCGAAUCCUUCUUCCGCUUUUUUGCUCCACCGCAAGUCAUGGAUUUGUCCCUUGCCGAUGAGAAGACCAAGCAGAUCCUGGGCAACGAUUUCGAGGUGGGCUUCCUCCUGCGCACACAAAUCGUGCCGAAGGCAGUGCUCUUCUACACGGGGGAUCUGGUGGACAAUUUGAAUGAGCCAGCGCCGGAUAAUGUCUCGGUCUCGGAGGUGGAGACGGAACAGGAAAAGGUUAAGGGUUUAGUAUGCGUUUAAAUAUCUAAUAUAAUGUAAUAAUUUUUGGAUUUGAAUAGUAAUUAUUCUUUAUGUGAUUAAAAGGUAGUGUCCUGAGUGCUUUAAGCCACCAUCUCCUGUACUCCAA